AUGGAUUUCAUCAAGACCACUUCGCGUGCUCUGAACUGGUCCAGACGGCUUACACCAACCGCGCGUACCGGCGACCGAGGAACUAUCGUCCCACGAUCGACCCGCGCAGAACUCCGUGUUCCAUCCCGCCUAGUGCACGGCCGAGCUCACGUACCGACCCGGGAAGCAUGGUCGACCCGUCCAAGUCUCGCCACCAUAAGCCGCGCACGACCGCACCGCGCGAACAGGGAAGGCAUCGCCUCCGCCGACCGCUCACCACAAUCCGUGCACACGCACGAUCGCACCGUCCGACCAGGAAGGCACGUCCGUCAGAACCUUCGGCCAAUAUCAUCCGUCCGGCCGACCCGACGACCGAACGACGAAUCCCUCGGCCACGAUCGACCCGAUCGUACCGAUGGCCGAUCAUGA